ACGAGAAAUUUCGUGUUCGAUUAAAGGAGAGAUGGUUGGCAUCUCCCCUGACAGGGUCGGGAACAGCCUUCGGGCUUCCCUGUUAACACAUACGGUUAAGGCUACCCACCUCUCGAAGGUGGAUCUAACCCAAUUUUUUUCUUUUCUUCUUUUUUCUUUUUUCUUCUUUUAUCUUUGCCUUCCGAGAGUAUGGCGAAGAGGGUGCCUGUGUUUGUUGAUGGGAAGUUCGUGAAGGAUUUGUUUUGGUCUAUUUAUGGCGCUAAAGCUCCAGCUUUUUAUGUUCCUGCUAGAUUAUCCAAUCCAUUUUAGUUAUCUUUUCUAUCAACGUGGGAGUGGAGAGUUCAAAGGAAAUGGCUGUUCGAAUCCUAGAUCGUUGGUUUCGGUGGAAAAUGGAGCGGAGAUUCAAAUCAUUGAGAAGUUUUUGAGUGGGGAUGGGGGUAAUUCCUAUUGGGCAAAUCUAAAUCUUGUUUUGGAGUUAGUUAUUGGAAGUGGAGGUGAGGUUAAACAUUCUUAUAUUCCGAAUCAGUCUUUAAAUGCUUCACAUAUCAAAUGGACUUCUGUUCUGCAGGUUUUCGAAGAAUCCAUAGACCAUGAGAUCAAGUCGAUUUAUGCAUGAUUAAAUUAGGUGACCCAAUACAUGUAUUUAAUGUUUUACAAUUUAUGUAUUAAAUUCUUGUAAACCUUUACCGACGACAAUGUAAUUUAAAUUUUUAUUAUCAAUAUAAAGAUCUUUCUAAACA